UAUGUAAUUCAAAGGAAAAGUGACACGCCUCGAAGGCGAUUCACACCCCCUGCCUAGGUGGCAGUAUCACACGGAGUGAGGCUCGUAUCUGGUUGCCUGCACACCUCUUUGUCAGCUAAAGCUGCGCAGCCGCCGAAGCCCGUGGAUGCGUGACCUGGUGACGUUGUUUCUGGAUGAGGUGACGCAGACGUGUCGUGAACGCAGCGGAGUUUCAGCACGGAAGAGGGGAGCCAUUUUUAAGAGUUGUGCGAUCAAGAUCAUCCAAGUGUCAAAAAUGACUCAAGUGAUGGAAGCCACAUUGCUAAAUUUAAGUUUGGCUCGUGAGUCAAGCUCUUCGAGCCACCAGGGUGCCGGUGCCACAUCCAUGAUCCAGGAUUUCUGCAGCAUUAGUAAAGACUUCCAAACCCAGGACAAGAAAUACCUUGACAACGUGUCCCAACUCGUAAACAGAUACAGACCUCACACUGUGCUUCUGAACGAGCCAGAAGGGUAUACAUUGAGAAUUGGGGGGCUAAAUGACACAAUCUAUGCAGAAAUGGAGGAUGAGCUGGAAGCAUGGGAAAAAUUCUACCUCCCUGAAAGAGUAGAGAUGAGAGUUAUCGGUGCCAUUGAUAACUUCCCAAGCCUGGCUGUGGGGCUGCAGCUGAUCAUUCUGGCAGGCAGAGAUGGCAAGAUCUAUGCUUAUGAAAAUGAGGUGUUGCAUCAAGCGGCCGGCAGCUUGCAGGACCUCUUCAAAAAGGGAAUAGAGUUUCCUGGAACCAAAGUCUACAACUAUGGGGAACGUUUUGCUCCUAUGACGGAAGAUGAAUACAAGCAAUUAAGGGACCAUGAAGAAGUAAAGAAAAUUAAAAAGGAGACCAAGGAAUUCAUAAAAAGCUCUGAGGCUGAAUUUCUGGAACUUCUGGGCUGCAUUAAAAAAGCAUAGAAUGUAUAAAAGGUGUGUCUUCUAAAGACCGCAGCGCUCCUCUCAAUGUGUGCAAUGGAUUGCAAGCAUGCAUAGAAAUGGGUUGUAAUUUAUUGAAAUGAUCACAUUUGAGACAUUUUUAUUUGAGUUCAGCAAGGCCAUCCAGGAACUAAGGCUAACCGGUGAAGAGAGGAUCAGUUUCUUAAGUAGUGAAAAGCCAGUGGUGUUUAAACUGCUGGCAGGAAGGCUCAUCAAUAAUGAGCAUGUUUGAAGGCCCCUGUAACAUUCCACAGUGCUUUCAUGUCUCUCAUAAACUCUCCUGGAUUACAUCCUGAUUUUUAGCUAUACAGUCUGUCUCUUUGGUUCUGAAAAGAUAAUUGUCCCACAACUGCAAUGGCACUCAAAACGUUUUGUAUUUAAGAAUAUAUUUUUUUACUAAAAAUAAAAUGCUAAACUGG